AUGAAGGUGCUGCGUAUCUGUAGAAUGUUCCAAGCAUUUACGAUCGAAGAACCCGAAUGGCCGGAGCUCAGUCGUGAGCGGUCCAAGAGCGAUCCCACAGUAGCACUUUACGACACACGAGCUCGAGCGCCUGAACUCUUGGCUCGUUGUGACAAGCUCAUGGAGCAUGAGACUCUGUAUACGUCCUAUCUCAACAGCCUCUACAACGAUUUGUAUGCUCUUCGAAGCGACUUCGGAUCCUGGACGAUAACUUUUGGCGACACACGUGGUUUCGACACCUUGCCCCAGGACCUCACUUUACCAAAAGGCACUUUCGCUGAUGGCCAAGACGAGAUGUGCUAUACCUUUACGGACUCGAAUCACGCAUCUGCCUCGCUGCCUACUGUUCUACCGCGACGACACAUCGUCUAUGAGACACAAGUGGCUAUCAACAAAAAGUGGUUCCACGUGCUCACGCCAGCAUUGAAGCACGCAGCCAAGCGAAAAAUCCCUCAUGCAUCAUCAAAUAAGGCACAACUAUGCGGUCUACGCUAUGCCUUCAUCGCCCGUACUUUCAGCCCUGAGAGCACUCUGGCUGCUGGUGUGGCAAGCCGUGGGAUCGCUAAGGUCGAAGAAUGUAGAAAGUUGGGAGGCAUUGUGCGACACGAUAAAUGA